AUGCAGAUACCAAAAUUCGAAAAUAAACCGUUCAAGCCUCCGAGAAGGGUUGCAUCAAAUAACAGCUCCCAACUUAAGCCAACCAAAACCAGCUCAACUCCCAUAUCUAGAUUAAAUGUUACGACCCAUUCAAAAAGAAAUGUCCCAGCAGAGACACCCCUGAAUGUUGCUAAAAAGCCUAAGAUUCUGGUCUCAAAUCAAAAAGUCAGCUAUUUUACUAUCAUGUAUAGGAAGCCGACCACCAAAAAGCACAAGACUUGGAGCGGCGAUGGUUAUGCUACAUUGAAACCUGAUAGCACCAAGAUGACAUUUUAUAAUGAAACAGGAAAGCUUCUUGGGUCAAGUGCUUUACCAAAUGACUCGGGUUCUAUUUUUGAGACAUUUUUCAAAGUGGGUUCUAAUGAAGUGCAGUUAGAUUAUGAGUUGAAGGAUAGAAUAGAAAUAGAAAAUGCCAAACAAACUUUAUCACAAGCAACCGGAAAUUCUAGCUCGGCCGCCAUAGAUACAACAACCAUAGCGCCUUCCGCGAACAAUAUUGGUGGCAAAUUUCAAAUGCCUUUGUCUCAACUAUUUACGUUGAACACUGUGAAAAGGUUCAAGUCAGUAACAAAGCAAAUGAACGAGCAUAUGACUGUACCAACUAACAACGUUCGAAAUCUUCAAGCAAAGAAGUAUUAUCCAGUGUUCGAUGUUAAUAAAAUUGAUAAUCCUUUAGUAAUGAACAAAAGCGAAGAUGCUGAAGUCGACGUGAUCGUUGAUCCUUUGUUAGGUAAGUUUCUACGUCCGCACCAAAGAGAAGGUGUGAAAUUCAUGUAUGAUUGUGUAAUGGGUCUAGCGAGACCUGAUACUGAAAAUCAGAUUAUUGAUUGUACUUCUAAAAGUUUAGUCUUGGAAAACGACUCAGAUAUCAACGGAUGUCUAUUGGCCGAUGACAUGGGGUUGGGUAAAACAUUAAUGAGUAUAACCCUGAUUUGGACACUCAUAAGGCAAACGCCCUUUGCAUCAAAAGUUUCACGUUCGCAAUCAGGUAUACCAUUGAGUGGCCUCUGUAAAAAAACCCUAGUAGUUUGUCCUGUUACUUUGAUAGGAAACUGGAAAAGAGAAUUUGGCAAAUGGUUGAGUCUGUCAAGAAUCGGCGUUUUAACUUUGAGUUCAAAAAAUUCACCUGACAUGGAUAAAAUGGCAGUCAGAAAUUUUUUGAAGGUGCAACGAACUUACCAAGUCCUAAUUAUUGGUUAUGAAAAAUUGCUAAGUGUUUCUGAAGAAUUAGAGAAAAACAAACAUCUUAUCGACUUGUUGGUGUGUGAUGAAGGGCAUCGAUUGAAAAAUGGCACUUCUAAAAUCUUGAAUACUUUGAAGAGCUUAGACGUAAGCAAAAAACUUCUGCUCACGGGCACUCCGAUACAAAACGAUCUUAAUGAGUUUUUCACUAUCAUAGAUUUCAUAAACCCAGGAGUCCUAGGAAGCUUUGCUUCUUUCAAAAGAAAAUUCAUUGCACCAAUAACAAGGGCGAGAGACACCGCAAACAGAUAUAAUGAAGACGUGUUGGAGAAAGGGGAAGAAAAAUCAAAGGAGAUGAUAGAGAUUACAAAAAGAUUCAUUUUAAGAAGAACAAAUGCGAUUCUGGAAAAGUAUCUUCCUCCCAAAACAGAUAUAAUUUUAUUUUGUAAACCGUAUGAUCAACAGAUUUUGGCUUUCAAAGACAUUUUACAAGGAGCACGAUUAGAUUUUGGACAAUUAACAUUCAGUUCUUCGCUAGGGCUCAUAACUCUACUGAAGAAAGUUUGCAACUCUCCUACAUUGAUCGGGUCAGAUUCAUACUACAAUUCGCAUAUAAAGGAUACCAAAUCCCAAGGAAGUUACAGUCGUUCCUUAAAUUCUGGUAAAUUAAAAGUUUUGAUGACAUUAUUAGAAGGUAUCAGAAACAGUACAAAGGAAAAGGUUGUUAUUGUAUCUAAUUAUACUCAAACAUUAGAUAUAAUUGAGAACUUGAUGAACAUGGCAGGAAUGUCACACUGCAGGCUUGAUGGCUCUAUACCCGGCAAACAAAGAGAUUCCAUUGUCACAUCUUUUAACCGGAAUCCAGCAAUAUUCGGGUUCUUGUUGAGUGCAAAAUCUGGAGGUGUGGGGUUGAAUUUGGUUGGUGCUUCCCGGCUUAUAUUAUUUGAUAAUGAUUGGAACCCCUCGGUAGAUCUACAAGCUAUGUCGAGGAUUCAUAGAGAUGGUCAAAAAAAUCCAUGCUUCAUAUACCGGUUGGUCACAACUGGAUGCAUCGAUGAGAAAAUUUUACAGAGGCAGCUAAUGAAAAACAGUUUAAGUCAAAAAUUUUUGGGAGACUCGGAAACAAAAAGUAAAGGGUCCUCUAAUGACGAUCUUUUCAACAAAGAAGAUUUAAGGGAUUUAUUUUCUGUCAAUAUAAAUACCAAAAGCAACACGCAUGAUUUGAUUUGUUCGUGUGAGGGUUUAGGAGAUGAAAUUGAGGAGCUUCCAGAAAAUGAACAACAAGAAGUCAUAAAACCGGAAAAGCGUAGUCCCACAACAUGGACUAGCGCCUUGGAGUUACAAAAAGAAAUGAAUGAAGUAGACACCAAAGACGUUGCAAAAAAGUCACAGUCCAUACGGCAGUGUCUUGCAAAUUAUAAACAUAUAGAUCCAACAAGGCAAGAUGAAUUAUUUGAUGAGGUUAUUACAGAAUCUUUUGCAGCAUUGAAAGACGAUAUCACAUUUGCAUUCGUCAAGCCUAGCGAAAUAUGUCUUAUCGAAGAAUGA